AAAUAUGCAUUAAUAGAGUCAGUGAGUUGUGGAAUAAUGUGCUCUGAGUUUAAAUGUUAGAAGAGGAAGUCGACUUUCAGACAUUUUGUCCUUCAAGAGUGUUUCUGAGCCAAAGGCUGAUUUCAGUUGAUGUGCAGAUGAAUGAUUUGUGUUUCCUCUCCAGAUGAAAGUGUGUGUGAGAUGAGCAGCAUGAAUCAGUGUGAGGACAGAGAGGAGGGAGGCCCUCCCUCUAAAACCACUGGACCUGGACCUGGACCAGGACCUGGACCUGGACCUGAACCAGGACCAGGACCUGGACCUGAGCCCAGCUGUGUGUCCUUCAAGAGUGACUGGUCAAAGAAUGAGAUCCUUAACUUCAAACCAGAACCUUCCUCAGACAGCCAAGUCGACCAGGAGAGCUCAGAGGUUCCCAGAGGUCCGUCUGUCCAGCAGCAUCAGACACACCUGGACUCCAUAUUUAUGCUGCUGGAGGAGAACAUUGUCACUUUUGUGAAGAACGAGCUGAAGAAGAUCCAGAAGGUUCUGAGUUCAGAUUACCCAGAAUGCUCAGAGAGUCAGAGGGAGGAUGAGGAGGUGUUGGACGGUGAGGAUGAAGAGCAGAGGAGGAGCAGCAGAGAGGCAUUUCUGAAGAUCACACUUCACUUCCUGAGGAGAAUGAAGCAGGAGGAGCUGGCUGACUGUCUGCAGAGCAGGAGUUAUUCGGGAGUUUGUCAGCGUGAACUUAAAUCUAACCUUCAGAAGAAGUUCCAGUGUGUGUUUGAGGGGAUCGCUAAAGCAGGAAACCCAACCUUUCUGAAUCAGAUCUACACAGAGCUCUACAUCACAGAGGGAGGGACUGCAGAGGUCAAUGAUGAACAUGAGGUCAGACAGAUUGAAACAGCAUCCAGGAAACCACACAGACCAGAAACAACAGUCAGACAAGAAGACAUCUUUAAAGCCUCACCUGGAAGAGACGAACCAAUCAGAACAGUGAUGACAAAGGGAGUGGCUGGCAUCGGGAAAACAGUCUUAACACAGAAGUUCACUCUGGACUGGGCUGAAGACAAAGACAACCAGGACAUACAGUUCACAUUUCCAUUCACUUUCAGAGAGCUGAAUGUGCUGAAAGAGAAAAAGUUCAGCUUGGUGGAACUUGUUCAUCACUUCUUCACUGAAACCAAAGAAAUCUGCAGGUUUGAAGAGUUCCAGGUUGUGUUCAUCUUUGACGGUCUGGACGAGUGUCGACUUCCUCUGGACUUCCACAACACUGAGAUCCUGACUGAUGUUAGAGAGUCCACCUCAGUGGAUGUGGUGCUGACAAACCUCAUCAGGGGAAACCUGCUUCCCUCUGCUCGCCUCUGGAUAACCACACGACCUGCAGCAGCCAAUCAGAUCCCUCCUGGGUGUGUUGACAUGGUGACAGAGGUCAGAGGGUUCACUGACCCACAGAAGGAGGAGUACUUCAGGAAGAGAUUCAGAGACGAGGAGCAGGCCAGCAGAAUCAUCUCCCACAUCAAGACAUCACGAAGCCUCCACAUCAUGUGCCACAUCCCAGUCUUCUGCUGGAUCACUGCUACAGUUCUGGAGGAUGUGUUGAAGACCAGAGAGGGAGGAGAGCUGCCCAAGACCCUGACUGAGAUGUACAUCCACUUCCUGGUGGUUCAGGCCAAAGUGAAGAAGGUCAAGUAUGAUGGAGGAGCUGAGACAGAUCCACACUGGACUCCAGAGAGCAGGAAGAUGAUUGAGUCUCUGGGAAAACUGGCUUUUGAUCAGCUGCAGAAAGGAAACCUGAUCUUCUAUGAAUCAGACCUGACAGAGUGUGGCAUCGAUAUCAGAGCAGCCUCAGUGUACUCAGGAGUGUUCACACAGAUCUUUAAAGAGGAGAGAGGACUGUACCAGGAUAAGGUGUUCUGCUUCGUCCAUCUGAGUGUUCAGGAGUUUCUGGCUGCUCUUCAUGUCCACCUGACAUUCAUCAACUCUGGAGUCAGUCUGCUGGCAGAGGAACAAAAAGCAGACCGUCAAUCUGAAGAGACAUGUCUCUACCAGAAUGCUGUGGACGAGGCCUUACAGAGUGCAAAUGGACACCUGGACUUGUUCCUCCGCUUCCUUCUGGGUCUUUCACUGCAGACCAGUCAGACUCUCCUGCGAGGUCUGCAGACACAGACAGGAAGUAGCUCACAGACCAAUCAGGAAUCAGUCUGUUACAUCAAGACUAAGUUUGAAGAGAAUCUGUCUCCAGAGAGAAGCAUCAAUCUUUUCCACUGUCUGAAUGAAAUGAACGAUCAUUCUCUAGUGGAAGAGAUCCAACAGUACCUGAGAUCAGGACGUCUCUCCACAGAUAAACUGUCUCCUGCUCAGUGGUCAGCUCUGGUCUUCAUCUUACUGUCAUCAGAAAAAGAUCUGGACGUGUUUGACCUGAAGAAAUACUCUGCUUCAGAGGAGGCUCUUCUGAGGCUGCUGCCAGUGGUCAAAGCCUCCAACAAAGCUCUACUGAGUGGCUGUGACCUUUCAGAGAGAAGCUGUGAAGCUCUGUCCUCAAUUCUCAGCUCCCAGUCCAGUAGUCUGAGAGAGCUGGACCUGAGUAACAACAACCUGCAGGAUUCAGGAGUGAAGCUGCUGCUACCUGGACUGCUGAGUCCACACUGCAAUCUGGGAAGUUUAAGUAUGAUUAGCUGUGAACUGUCAAAGACAAGCUGUGAAGCUCUGUCCUCAGUUCUCAGCUCCCAGUCCUCAAGCCUGAGAGACCUGGACCUGAGUAACAACAAACUGCAGGAUUCAGGAGUGAAGCAUCUGUCUGUUGGACUGGAGAGUCCACAAUGUCGACUUGAAACUCUCAGACUUGGUGUCUGUAACAUCUCAGAGAGGAGCUGUGAAGCUCUGUCUUCAGUUCUCAGCUCCCAGUCCUCUAGUCUGAGAGAACUGGACCUGAGUAACAACAACCUGCAGGAUUCGGGAGUGGACCAUCUGUCUGUUGGUCUGGAGAGUCCACAAUGUCGACUUAAAACUCUCAGGUUGAGUGUCUGUGACCUCUCAGAGAGAAGCUGUGACACUCUGUCCACAGUUCUCAGCUCCCAGUCCUUUAGUUUGACAGAGCUGGACCUGAGUAACAACAACCUGCAGGAUUCAGGAGUGAAGCAACUUUCUGCUCAACUGAAGAGUCCACACUGUGUCCUUGAAACUCUCAGGCUGUCAGGCUGUCUGAUCACAGAGGAAGGCUGUACUUCUCUGGCAUCAGCUCUGGACUCCAACCUCUCCCAUCUGAGAGAGCUGGACCUGAGCUACAAUUACCCAGGAGACUCAGGAGUGAAGCAGCUGUCUGCUCGACUGGAGGAUCUAGGCUGGAGACUGGACACUCUCAGGGUGGAGCCUGCUGGAGUCCGAUGGUUGACACCAGGUCUGAGGAAGUAUUCCUGUGAGCUCACAGUCGACACAAACACAGUCAGCAGAUACAUCAAACUGUCUGACAACAACAGGAAGAUGACAUAUGUGGAGGAGGAUCACUCAUAUCCUGAUCAUCCAGAGAGGUUUGAGUCCAGGUGUCCUCAGCUGCUGUGUAGAACUGGUCUGACUGGUCGCUGUUACUGGGAGGUCGAGUGGAGAGGAAGUGUUUCUCUAUCAGUGAGUUACGGAAGAAUCAGAAGGAAAGGAGACAGUAAAGACUGUGUGUUUGGAUGGAAUGAUCAGUCCUGGAGUCUGGAGUGCAAUGAAGAUAAUGGUCGUUACUAUGUCUGGCACAGUAAGAGAAAAACAGUCAUCUCCUCCUCCUCCUCCUCCUCCUCCUCCUCCUCUGGUAGAGUAGCAGUGUAUGUGGACUGUCAUGCUGGCACUCUGUCCUUCUACAGAGUCUCCUCUGACUCACUGAUCCACCUCCACACCUUCAACACCACAUUCACUGAACCUCUUUAUCCUGGAUUUGGGUUCUUCGGGUCCAGUUGUGGUUCCUCAGUGAGUCUGUGUGGUGUUUAGUGUGCAGAGUCUCCUCCUGUCACAGAAACAUUGUCAGUGCUGAACACUUGAGUCUGUACAGGAUCACAGUCACAUCAAUCUUUCAGCUUCUUGUAAUAAAUUCAUCAUCAACUUUGUACAAAAUGCUUCAAACUGAUUGAAAAGAUUUUUCAUUUACAUUUGAAACUUCUUCCAUUAAAUUGUGGAAAUUGUGUUGACUUGUACUUUCUGUCAUGUGUUGUUUUGAAUUCUGGCUCUUGUUCCAGUAAAAUCCACAACUAUCAGUGAAAUGUAAGAAACAGAAAACAUCGACUCGUCUGCAGCUUUAAUUGUAAAGAAUCAUUGUGAACAAAGUUGUAAAUGGACAGUAAAAUCUGAUCAAAUGUACUCGACACUCCACCUGAAACACUCUGACUUGUUUCAUGUGUUUCUAAUGAUGAAACUAAAAGUUUGAUGGUGUUGGUUAACACAUGUAAUUAUGUCCGUAGUGACAGAGUCAUAAACUGCACAACAUCUCUUCAUUUCUGUCUGAUUAUUAUAUGAGAAGAAAACACAUUUGAAUGACAAUCAUUGUGUUUCUCUCAGUGUUUUGUGGCUGUUGAAGUCCGGCUGUAUUUUCAGGACAUUUGUUGGAUUUGAAUCUGGUCCGUCAAACUAAACAGCUGUGAGAAAAGUCUUUCUCUGUCUGAGCCGGUUGGCUGAAGAUGUUUGGAAGUCUGAGAGCCGGAUGAAAUACUGAAACACUUUCAGAGAUCGCAAACUAAACUGUCCUGAUGAAGUUUUUAAACAAGCGCUGAAGAGAUUUGAGCUCAUGUUUGAUGCUUCUGAAUGUUGAUGUUCAGAGCAAAGAGUCCAAAACUUGUACAAAUUGUUCCUUUUUGUUUAAAUGUGACUUUGUUUGUGAAACGAUCAGCUGACGAGUUUAUAAUCAGACUGAAAGAUGUCGCACAGCGUCACUGAAAUGUUUCUCCUCUGCUGAAGUAGCUGAAUAUAAAAGUCUACUUGUGUCCUCAUCAUGUUGUCUGUCAGUGUGGAAACUGUAAAUAAUUCAUAUUGUUUUCAUGCUAUAUUAAAGGAACCAGAACACAUGAA